UCAUGUUCUCAGCAUAGACCCUAAGAUCUGUAAUUAUCAUAGGAAACUGCGGGGGUUUAGACUAUUCUCUGGAGCUUUUUCCCCCUUCCCCCUUUUUUUGCCUAUUUCUUUUGGAAGCUGAAGAACUUGUGUUCUCUCUCUCUCUCUCUCUCUCUCUCUCUCUCUCUCUCUCUCUCUCUCUCUGUUCAUCUAGAGUGACAAAAAAAAAAAAGUGCUGAAGAGUCUAGCCUAGGGAGAUGAGGCUAUUUUUGUUCCGAACAGAAGCUGAUACUUCUGCUGAGCCACAAGUGCUGCUUGGAAAAGGCUCAGGUUGUUUCCAGGGGGGGAACUCUGCAGAGAAGAGACAAAGUUCAACAGGACAACAAAGGAGCAGCAGAAACAGCCAGCAAGACGAAGACGCAGAGCCCUCACGUUUUCACACAGAAUCCCCAGAGUUCUAGAAUCCUAAAGUAUUCUUUAAAUUGCCACUUGACGGGACCUUUUCACUUGCCUUUUCCUUCCUCCAACCAUCAUGACUGAGAUCACAGCAGAAGGAAAUGCAUCUACUACCACAACUGUGAUAGACUACAAAAACGGAUCUGUGCCCAAAUCUCCUGGGAAAGUGCUGAAGAGGACAGUCACAGAGGACAUAGUCACGACAUUCAGCUCCCCGGCAGCCUGGCUCCUGGUCAUAGCUCUCAUCAUCACAUGGUCAGCUGUCGCUGUUGUCAUGUUUGACUUGGUGGACUACAAAAACUUUUCAGCAAGCUCUAUUUCCAAGAUUGGCUCAGAUCCUCUAAAAUUUGUACAUGGUGCUGUGGAGGAAACCACCGACUGGAUCUAUGGCUUCUUUUCUUUGCUGUCAGACAUUAUCUCAUCUGAGGGUGAUGAAGAAGAUGAUGACGGGGAUGAAGACACUGAUAAAGGAGAAAUAGAGGAGCCUCCCUUGAAAAAAAAAGGAAUACACAAAGAGAAGGCUGAAAAGCAGGAAAAACAUGAAAAGAAAAUACAGACUAAAGUCACACAAAGAGAUAAAGAUAAAGACAGAGACAAAGUAAAAGAAAAACCUGACAAGAAAGCUACUCACAAGGAUAAAAUUGAGAAAAAAGAAAAAGUAGAAGCAAAGACAGUGACGAAAGAAGAAAAGAAAGUGAAGGCUAAGGAAAAAACUGAAGAAAAGAGUAAGAAGGAAGUGAAAGGUGGAAAACAAGAGAAAGUGAAGCAAACAACGGCAAAAGUAAAAGAAGCUCAGAAAACACCUAAAUCCAAAGAGAAGGAAGAGAAAGAGACUACAACUGUGUCCAAGUUUGAACAGAAAGAUCAGUAUGCAUUCUGUCGAUAUAUGAUUGACAUGUUUGUCCAUGGGGAUUUAAAACCAGGACAAAGUCCAGCUAUCCCACCCCCAUUACCAAAAGAAAAAGCUUCAAGACUCACCAUCUCAUCACCUACUCUUGAAGAAAAAGAAGGGGAAAAGAAGAAAGCUGAGAAGAAAGUGACUUCUGAAACAAAAAAGAAAGAAAAAGAAGAUGCCAAAAAGAAAACAGAAAAGGAAACCACCACCACUGAAGUUAAACAAAAAGAUCUUGGGAAAGUUGCUGAAACCAAACAAGGGACUCUAAAAGCUACACCAGCAGCAUCUAAAAAAGAUGAGAAGAAAGAAGAUUCCAAGAAAACAAAAACACCCUCAGAAGAACAACCCAAAGGAAAAAAACAGGAAAAGAAAGAAAAACAUAUGGAACCAGCAAAAACACCUAAAAAGGAGCAUUCAGUUCCAAGUGAAAAACAAGUCAAAACAAAAACUGAACGAACUAAAGAAGACACUGGUGCUGCUUCAACUAAAAAAGCUGUACCUGGAAAGAAGGAAGAGAAAACAACCAAGACAGUGGAGCAAGACAUUAGAAAAGAAAAAUCUGAGAAGACAUCUUCAGUUCUGAAAGAUAAAGAGCCAGUUAAGGGGAAAGAAGUGAAGGCUCCAGCUUCCCUUAAGGAUAAAGAACCUGAAGUUAAAAAAGAUGAGAAGACAUCAAAAACAGGCAAAGAAGUCAAGCCUAAACUCUCACAAUCACCAGUAAAAAAAGAAGAGAAGCCAGAGCUACUGAUUAAAAAAGAAGCAAAGUCAGAAAAAGCCGAACAAGAUAAAAAGGAAUCUCCACAUUUAAAAGAAAAAUCUAAACCUACUUCAAAAGAAACGUCAGAAGUCACAGCAUCAGGGAAGCAGAAAAUAGAAAAAUCUGAAGAAGAAACCAAAGAAAAAACAGAAUUGAAGCAUCCCAAAGAAGAAAAAGAAGAUAUUGAAGGUGCUCCAACUUCAAAGAAAGCUAGAGACCCCAUCAGUUUCUUCCAAUGUGUCUACUUGGAUGGAUACAACGGCUAUGGAUUUCAAUUUCCUGUCACUCCUGCGCAGAACCCUGGACAGAAAUCAGCACAGUCCAGUUCUUUAGGACAAAAGCAACAAGAACAAUAGACACAUGCACAGCCCUUACAAGACUUUUAAGACCAAAAAUGGGAUCGUUUUGUCCACAGUGUCAAAAGCAAUUUAAAUCAUAGCCCAGGGAAUUUCUUUGAAAAUAUUUUACUCUGCUGCCUGGUAAAAAAUAGAAAUGGUGGGCAAAGGGAUUAGCUGAUAAACAACAUGUUGAGGGUUUGGUGCUCAGGAAUAUGUUACUUGUGUUUAAUUUUUAGGGAUGAGUGCUUAUAUUUUUCCAUUUCCUAUUGAGAAAAGGAUUGUUCUCAAGUUUACUCAGUAAUGGUCUGUUAAGUGUAUUUAACACAUUACAAAAUAAAAUUCCCAACUUUAGUUAGGUAUUUAUUGUUAAGUAAAAGUGCAUUAUGUUUUAAGUUUAAAAGUAUGGGUGUUUAUAUAAGAGCUACUGUUUUUGCAUUAAGGUGAUAUCUAAACUCAGUUUUCUUAAUAAGUUGAUGCUUAAUCAUUUAAGUCGAUGUAUACUUUUUCUAACUUAGUUGUGACAAUUCCCAAAGAAUGGGUAAUCGUGGCACAAAAGAGUUCCUCGUGACACUCCUAGAACUCCAAAUAUAAUCCUGACUUUAGCCAUAAAAAUGGAGUAUAAUAUGGAGUAUAAAAUGGAGUAGACUUCAUCUAGCAUUUAUGGUGCUCCUAGAACUCCAAUGAUAAUCUUGACUUUAGUCAUAAAAUGGAGUAGAAACGUUUGAGGAAUCUUAUUUCUAAGAUUUAUCUCAAAGUAUAAUUCACUCCAAUAGAAAUAGACAAUACAAUUAAACAGACCUGACAAAUAGUUUGCUUAAGUAUAAGCAAAUGAUAUUUUCAGACUUUUCUGAUUUUUCUAGAUGGUGCCAUAAUGAAAAUGUCACCUGAGUGAAAAUUUUAGAUUAAUAACUAAAUUUAGGUGACAGAUCCAAGACUGCUUUUCACUUCAUAUCAAUAUAAUUACUUUGCGUAGUUUAAUAAUUCUUCUUUGUCAAAAAGGAAAUACAUGAAUGACACCAAAGUUGAAGGAAGACAUUUUAACAUAUACGCUUCAUGAGAUGUCUUACUUGUAUUUUAAGUAUUGGUUAUCAGUGCCAAUGAAAUGAAUGACAGCCUUUCACUUACUUGACAAUUCAUUACUUGGAAUGGCUAUCAGGUUUUAUAAUUCUUUAGUCUCCAAGUGAUAUAAACUCUUUUGUUCUUUACUACAUUUUUUAUCAAGUCAAAAAUCAAUGCCACUGUGAUCUUUAUCAUGUUUACAGUUGCAACUCAACUUAUGACAAAUUAACUCAGAAAGUACACUGCACUAGUUUUUCUUGCAUCAUUCUUAUACUUAUCAAUGUCCAAGACAACCAGUGUCCAUACUAGCUAUGUGCUUUACUUUCAAGGACUUUAACUGAAUAUAUUCUUUAGGUCCAACAAACAGAACAUUGUUUUAUUUUUUAAAAAGUCAUUAGGCUAGGACACCAGUAACAUGUUCACUAUUAAUAAUUAAUUUCUGUGGCUUUUGGGAAAGAAAUUGGUUUUAACCACAUGAUGGUAUAUCUAACUCUCGAGCAAAAGCCAAAACUACAAUGAACCUUGAUUAAUAACAAUACCAAUGAAUUGGUCUGGGAGUGUGUAACUUCAAGACUGGCCAGACAAUACUAUCUUCUUAGCUUCUUCAUGCAUUAAUGGAUACCUCUGUGUAGGACAGAGGAUAAAUUCUAUUGCUCUUCUGCUCCUCCAGAUGUCCAGGGUAGCAAGAAAAGGAGUGGUGAGCAAAUAGGAUAUAGUAUUAGCAUUUACAGAAGAGAAUGGUUAAUUCAUCCGUUCUUUAAUUUAACAGUUAAUAAACAUACUUUAUACUUUCUAGGGCACUAUAUUAGGCACUGGAAAAUAUAAGAAAAAAUAUCAAAGGUAAAUACUAUUUCCAAAUGCUAAGUGAUACUACAGCAGGUAUGGCACUUGUUUUGUACAUGACCUAACUAGAUUCUAUCCUUGAAACCAUAUAUGGUUCCUAAAAUCUGUCAAGAAUGAUACCUGAACACUGAAUCAGGAAUAAGACCUGAGGACUGCUUAGUGUGGCCCCCAAACAAACAAACAAACAAACAAAAAAUAUAUUCCCAGUGCCAAUCUUAAACAAUGUGACCUUAGAAAGUUCUGAAAAUUAUCCCCCUGCUUCCCUCGAUAUUACUAGAAAUUUCAUACAAAGAGCCCCAUAUCUCCCAGAGGCAUAAUGAAGACUGAAAAACAAAUCUCAGAACCUGGAUAUGAUACUAAAAUGAAUUUCUGAAAUAAUACAUUAAGAUGUGGCACUAAUUUUCCCUCUGGUGUUUUUCGACAUUGCUCUUUCACUGUAUGAAAACUGUAUAUUGCAAUUUAUCGUAAUUGUAAUUCAUACAAAUUAUAGUUUAAACAACAUUCAUAAAAUGUUAAUAUUAAUCUUUUAAAAGUUACAAUGAUGAUAGCAAUAUAAAAUAAUGAGUUAAAUAUCAUCUGGUUGUAUAGUCAACAAAAUAAAAUAUUUCUCGCCCUCUUGUUUGUGUUUUUUCAAAUAAGAUUAAAGUUGCUUCAAAUAUGUUCUUUAACUGUGCACUCAUAACUCAUGUUCAAUCAAUCACAAAUUGGUAAUAAUUUAAUAUAUUUUUCUUUAUACAUUUUCUUUGAGCAAACCACUCAGAGAUUAUUUUGUUCCCUACCCCUUACCACCUGUUAAUAGAUGAAUUAUAGAAAAGAAAUAAUGUUAUAGAAUAUUUUGAUUUGUAUUUGUAAUAUUAUACAUCAAUAUUCAGUUUGGGGAAGAAUUUUUCAAACUAUGUCUAUGAAAAGCACCAACAUAUUGAUUCAUUCAUUCUGGUUGGUUUUCUAAAAAAUCCCAGAAAUAUAAUAAAAACAAAAUCAUUUUUAAGAGCAUGUACCAUUUUCUUAAGUUUUUAAAAAUUUUUUAGAUGGCUAUAAGAAAGCAGAAUAUAACAAAUAUUAUUU